AUGUUGUCAUCAGUUCCACCUAGAAAGACGUGGUGGAAAUCGAAAGCAGUAAAAGUUACAAGAUCCUAUCCAACUUUCUCUUCCCUCAACGCCUGGAAAGAAUUCAGGGGCCUCUUGCCUGUGGAUGGAGAACCAACCCCUGGAGUGGGCCUGGGUGUGGAGGAGGGACUGCUCUGCCAGAUGGUUCACUCUCCAGAAUUUAACCUGUUUCCUGAUUCCGUGGUGUUUGAAAGCAACUUCGUCCAGGUCAAAAAGGACGGGAACUGGAUCAACAUCUACAAAGCCUCCUACACCAUGGCCCUCGGGGUGACCUCCUCCGUGCCCUGCCUGCCCCUUCCCAACAUCCUCCUCAUGGCCCGCGUCAAAUGGCACCGGGGGCAGAGCCAGACCUGGAACAGACCUUCUACAGCCCCAAACAUCAUCCUGAAGAGGAUACUCCCAUUGAAGUUUGUGGAGCUCCAAGUCUGUGACCAGCUUCAACGCAUCCUGCGGUUGAGGACAGUCACAGAGAAGAUCUACUAUCUAAGACUCCACUCUGACCAUCCUGAGACUGUCUUCCACUUCUGGAUCCGACUAGUUCAGAUUCUGCAGAAGGGCCUGUCCAUCACCACCAAAGACCCUAGGAUUCUUAUCACUCAUUGUCUGGUGCCCAAGAGCAGCAGUCUCUCAGGAGACUCCAAGUUAGUAGAGAAGAAACCUCAAGCCUCCCAGCCCAGCGAGAGCCUCAUGCAGUUGAUGGCCAAGGCGGAGAGUGAGGCCCUCGCUCAGAUUUUUGCUGACUUGCACCAGCACAACCGGUUCAGUUCCAGGAGAAGCAAAAAGACCAAGACAAAAAAGGACAGCUCAGAGCAAGAUAAUUCCAGUGAAGACAGCAUCCCGUGCACCCGCGACCUCAGCUGGAGGGAUUCCCUCACCUACGGAGAGUGGGAAAGAGAGAACCCUUCUGGGCCGCAGCCCCUCUCGCUCCUCAGCACGUUGGCAGCCUCCACGAGGCCACAGCUGGCCCUGUUCUUAGGAAAUUCUAUUUGA